GGAAACGCGAUUUUCAUCCAAGCUAACUUUCCAGCGCUUCUCUGUCUGCAGCGAGCAGGUGUGAAGUGGACCCAAAACAAAGCCUAAACCUUCCUUACACUGCUCGUGUGUUUUACCUGGAACUCAUGAUGGAUCUCCCGCUCGUCCAGUGGCAGGAACAUGUGGCUCAGAGAUGGAGCGGACUCGAUCCUGAGCUGAAGGAAAAGUUUACAUCUCUGCACGAAGUCGAUGAUGUUUUCAAAUGUAGCCUCACUCUGACAACCCAGGAUGAUGUGGACUUCCUGCAGUCCAUCUCUGCAGGACACUCUGUGCAGAAGGAUGCAGAACAAGCAGCCAAAUGCAGAGAGAGAGGAAACUGCAGCUUCAAGAGCAGAGACUACACUGCAGCUGCUCUGCACUAUUCACAGGGCCUGUGUUUGUCUCCUCUCAGUUCCAAGCAGCUGUCUCUGUGCUACGCCAACCGCUCUGCUGCUCUCUGCCACCUGCAGCUCUACCAGGACUCCCUAGAUGACAUUGACAGAGCGUUAAAGAACAACUAUCCUUCACAUCUUUCACACAAACUCGAGGACCGGCGCACACAGUGCCUGAAGCACCUCUCUGAGGGUCAAAGGUCAAGAGAGGAUCAUCACAGUCCUGCCACAAAGAAUCAGAGCCACCCUCAUGGAAUAAAAAGGGCAUCUGCUGGACCUCUCACAUUUGGGAUUUGUCCUGAAGCUGCUGUUUGCUUCAGCGCAGAGAAAGGGCGCCACCUUGUGGCUGCAGAGAGAAUAGCAGCCGGGGAGGUGAUUCUUCAUGACAGGCCGUACAGCUGCGUGCUCAUACCGGGGAUGGAGGAGGUGGAGGGGAGGAGAGGGAGGCAGGAGGCAGAGAGAGGAAUGGAGCACCGGCGCUGUCACAGGUGUCUGACUGAAACGCUGCAUCCUGUUCCGUGUGACGGCUGCAGCUACAGUCGCUACUGUUCAAAUUCCUGUCAGAGAGAUGCCUGGGAGGAGCAUCACCGCUGGGAGUGUCCCCUUGGAGCAGAGCUGAUCGUGACGGGUGUGAUGUCACAGCUCGCUCUGAGGGUGACACUAAAGGCGGGGUUAAAGAAAGUUCAAAUGGCCAGGGAGCCAAUCCAAGAAGAGCAUGGUGACUCCUGUCCAUGUCAUUUACACUACGGGGACUCUUACCUGAGUGUUUUCCACUUACAGCACCACCUGAGUCACCACAGCCCUGGUGUGCGUUUCCUGUGUGCGCUGACCGUAGCAGCUCUUUACCUAAAGCUCAGCAGGGCAGGACCACCUUCAUCCUGGGAACUAAGCAGAACCUCAGAGACGGACAGCCAAUCACAGGACCAGGAGGGAGGUACAGCAGAGUGGUGCUCGGAGCUGUGGCUUCUGGGAAGUGCAGUUCUGAGGCACAUGCUGCAGCUGAGGUGUAACGCUCAGGCCUUCGUCACGCUGCAGCACACAGGAGCAGCAAACUCACUGGUGCAGUCCAGCAGAGAAAUCCGCAUUGCUACGGCAAUAUUCCCAACUCUCAGCCUUCUGAACCACUCCUGCUGUCCCAACACCAGUCUGGUGUUCAGCACUGGGACCAGUGAGGCUGCAGACUGCAGUGACACUGUGGCUGAGAGCAGCAGUACAGAUCGUGGAGUCACUGUGACUGUCAGAGCAGCUAAAGCAAUCUCUCCUGGACAAGAGAUCCUGCACUGUUAUGGUCCUCACAGCAGCAGGAUGGCGACCCAGGAACGUCAGCGUCUCCUGCAGGAACAGUACUACUUCCUGUGUCAGUGCGAGGCCUGCACUCUGCAGCAACAGCAGGAGGAGGAGGGCUCAGAGGCUGGAGGCAGUAAACAGUCUGGACUUCUGUGUGGCAAGUGCAAAGGAUCUCUCAAAAAAUGCAGAGAGGACAGAGGAUUCUUAUGUUCGCAGGCAUCCUGUGGUCAUCGUCUGUCUUCAUUUGAAGUGAGUCGGCAGCUGCAGGAGAUCAGGGUCGACCUGGAGAAGGCUGUGGACCUCAUGGAGAGAGAGAGGCCAGAUGAGGUCCUGAGGCUGCUGAGAAGGACCCAGAGUCCGUCUGGACUCAUCCUUGCAGAGACACAUCCAGUUCAGGGGGAGCUGGAAGAUGCCACGGCCAGAGCUUAUGCUACAAUGGGUGACUGGAAGAAUGCUGCCUCCCAUCUGGAGAGAAGUGCUGCAGCUGUUGGCUCCCAGUACGGAGAAGACAGUAUUGAACUGGGUCGACAACUCUUCAAAUUAGCUCAGCUACACUUUAAUGGUGGUGCCAGAGGCUCGGCCCUCUCUGUCAUCCCCAAGGUCAGACGGCUGCUCUGCCUCCACAGCGGCCCUCUCUGUCACGAACUACAGGAGCUGCAAGCCAUGGAGGACUGUCUGCGAGGGUACAGCAGGGUGUAAACACACAACAAGACAUAAAACCUUAAAAUAUAAUUUUAAACUGGGUCAAAGUGAUUA